AUGAUCCCCACGAAAGCAUUGAGGAUCAAGAACCGCCGCUAUGAGUCUACUUUUGCUCCAAGCAUUAGUAGGAUUAUGAGGAAGGAGAGGAGCGGUCCAACCUCGAGGGAAACCCGAACAAAGGACGACACUCCAUCGCCUCUGUCGGCUCUCCCAACCAGCGUGCUCCUAAGAUCCGUCUUCAUCAACUCGAUAUCCUCGAGACCGCUACUGCUUGCUCCCUCUCUUUCUGUUCUGUCGGCACUCUGCAAGCCCAAGAGGAGCUUCCUCCUGGACGUCGACCGCAACAAAGUCCUUCAUUACAUACUCAAAAAGACGUUCUACAAGCAGUUCUGCGCCGGCGAGACCGAGGCUGAGACGCUGUCCACCACGCGGCAGCUCCGGGACAUGGGCUUCCGCGGCACCAUCCUCACCUACGCAAAGGAGACGGUGUUUGACCAUCGCACGAAGCAGCAGCAUUCACUGGGCGUUGCGCUCCCGGAAGACGGGAAGACGACCAAGUGCGCGAACAUUGAAGCGUGGCAUGAGGGCACGCUACGGACAGUGGAGAUACUGGAGGAGGGCGAUCAGUUGGCAGUCAAGUUGACCGGAGCCGGACCUCUAGUGACCGAAGCCCUCUCAGCCGGCGAGCUCCCCAACCAGCAAAUGAUGGACGCGCUCGAGGAAAUCUGCACCAAGUGCAAAGAGCGCGGCGUGCGCAUCCUCAUCGACGCCGAGUCGCAGCACUUCCAAUGGGGCAUCAUGCGCGUCGGCAUGCACCUCAUGCGCAAGUACAACACGCACGGCUACGCCCUCAUCUACAACACGUACCAAGCGUACCUGAAGAGCACGCCGACGACGCUGGGCAAGCACCUCGCCAUGGCCAGCGACGAGGGCUUCACGCUCGGCCUCAAGCUGGUGCGCGGCGCGUACCUGUCGUCAGAGAAGCGCUCCCUCAUCCACGACACCAAGCAGGACACGGACGACGCGUACAACUCGAUCGCGCAGGGCGCGCUGCGGCAGGAAAUCGGCGAGUUCGGCACCCCAGGCAAGGCCGGCCGCCCCUUCCCGUCGGUCAACCUCGUGCUGGCCGGGCACAACAAGGCCAGCGUGCUCGCGGCGCACGAGCUGCACCAGCAGCGGGUGCGCGCGGGCCUGCCGACGGUGCCUGUCGGCUUCGCGCAGCUGCAGGGCAUGUCGGACGAGGUCAGCUUCGGGCUGCUGCAGCUGAAGCGCGGUGGCAGCGGAGAUGCAGAACCCCACGUCUACAAGUGCUCGACGUGGGGCAGCAUGGGCGAGUGCCUGGCCUAUCUGACGCGGCGGGCGUCGGAGAACCGCGACGCUGCGUCGCGCACAAUGGACGAGUACGUGGCGUUGAAGGCCGAGGUGGGGCGGCGGUUGCGGCAGGCCUUGUCGCCGUCGCGGUGGUUUGGCACGAGGUGGGAAUGAAGAUAUGAUUAGUCAGGGCCUUUUUACAUAAGGUGUUAUUAGGUUAUGGCGUCAAAUGGAUGGGCAAUCGGGCUUCUCGGCAUCUACCC